UGAUUUGGCAGCUCCAAUUGACACUUCAAUAGAAAAUUCACAAGAAAUCAUGUUGAGAAGCCCUUCAGAAGAUGAAGAUUCAGUUGAGCUGCCUUUGUUUGACUUCCAUAGCAUAUUAGUUGCAACCAACAACUUUGACAUGGAGAACAAACUCGGGCAAGGAGGCUAUGGUCCAGUUUAUAAGGGAACGCUACAAGAUGGGAAGGUUAUGGCGAUUAAAAGGCUUUUUAGUAGCUCCAGUCAAGGCAUAGGAGAGCUCAAGAAUGAAAUGAAGUUGAUCUCCAAACUCCAACACAGAAAUCUUGUUAGACUCUUAGGUUGCUGCAUUGAAAGAGAAGAGAAGAUAUUAAUUUAUGAGUACACGCCCAACAAAAGCUUGGACACUUAUCUAUUUGAUCCAGCAAGAAAGGCAAAGCUUGAUUGGACUACACGCUUCAACAUUAUAAUUAGAGUUGCUCGAGAGCUACUUUAUCUUCAUCGUGAUUCUUGUUUAAGGGUUAUACACAGAUAUUUAAAAAUUAUUAAUAUUCUUUUGGAUGAGAAAAUGAAUCCAAAAAUAUCAGAUUUUGGAUUGGCAAGAAUUUUUGAAGGCACACAAGAUCUAGAAAGCACUCACAAAGUUGUAGGAACAAUAUGUUAUAUGGCUCCAGAAUAUAUGCUUGGAGGCGUAUUUUUAGAGAAAUCUGAUAUUUUUAACUUUGGAGUCUUAAUUUUGGAAAUCAUUAGUGGUAGGAAGGCUAACAGCUUCAAAUAUGACAAACAAUACACGAGUCUUCUAGCUUAUGCAUGGCAAUGUUGGUCUGCGAGCAAGGGUGUACAAAUGGUAGAUGAAGCAUUGGCAGACUCAUUUUCCUCAUCGAAAGUAAGUAGAUGUGUAAAUAUUGGACUUCUUUGUGUGCAAGAUCAUGCUGCUGAUAGGCCAACCAUGGCGACCAUCGUUUCUAUGCUAAGUGGUGAACAAACAAAGCCUCCUGAACCAAACCAGCCUACAUUUAUGUUUAAAAACAUUUCCAACAACAAUUUUCAAUCACAAAGCAACUCUACAUGGUCUGCAAAUAAUGUUAUUGAAUCAAUCAUUGAACCCCGAUAA